AUGGUGCUGGUUUCCUCUGCCCCUUCCACAAAAGCAAAGUUAUGCACCAGUAUUGCAGCAUUAACACUCCAGUGUAUAGUGGCAACAUUAGCAGCUCCAAUAGCCUUGCCUGGUUGCCCGGAGGCAUGUGGCAGCAUAGCCGUCCCCUACCCUUUUGGCUUCCGGCAAGGGUGCUUCCGCACGGGCUUCAAUCUCACGUGCGACGAGACGCGCCAGCCACCGAAGCUGCUGGUGGGUGAUGGCGCGGAAGUGGUUGAUAUUUCUCUGACGGAUGGUACGUUGCGGAUCCACAGCAAGAUGGUGAGUAUCUGGCUGAACACAAGAUCUAAUCAAUCAGAUGGCUUGUGGUCCGCUGGCCUGACGGAUGAGGGCCCCCUGAUAGUGUCCAUCGAUCACAACCGGUUCGUUGCUAUGGGCUGCAAUGUCUUAGCCAGCCUCAUUGCCUCUUCUGGCGACUAUGUUAGUGUCUGUUCCGUGUAUUGUCCUGACAGACCGUGGGUGAGCGACACCUCAUGUUCUGGUGUCGGCUGCUGCCAGAUGCCCAUCGCACGGCUAGGUCUCCCGUCCUAUGACCUCCAGCUUGGUGCUUUGAACUGGAGAACCGGUGAUUCAUUGAGAUAUGGAGCGGUGUUCAUAGCUGACCAAGAGUGGUUGGCCCGAAAGGCACCCAUGCUGCAGUUGAAUUACUUUGACAACCCAUAUAAGAUUGUUGAUUCCACGUUGAUCCCAACGUUGGUAGAAUGGUCACUUCAUGUGGGAGAUGACGGGAAAUUGUACUGGGGACGGGAUGGCUUUGAUUUAUAUGAACACAGGGGAUCCGUAAGUGUAAACUGCUUCAUAGUCGCAGAUGGUCUUUAUAUCCAAAAGGCACGGUGCAACUGCUCCAAAGGAUACGAGGGCAACCCUUACAUCGCAAAUGGAUGCCAAGAUAUUGAUGAGUGCCAACGGCCAGACAUUUAUCCAUGCCAUGGAACCUGCAUCAAUGUGCCGGGGACAUACCGAUGCCUUGCAAAGAAAGGUAUCACGAGCCUCCCAGGUCUGAUUACUGUAAUUGCAAUUAGUGCUGGUUCUGGCAUACUGUUUGCACUUCUGGGUAUUGCCAAAAUCACCAAUAAACUCAAGCAACGAAGAGCCAAGAAGUUGAGACAAAAGUUCUUCAAGAAAAAUCAUGGAUUGCUUCUGCAACAGCUAAUCUCUUCAAACAAAGAGAUAGCAGAAAGAACAAGGAUUUUCAGCUUGGAAGAGCUGGAGCAAGCAACCAACAAAUUUGACCAGAAUCGCAUCCUUGGUGGCGGUGCCAUGGCACUGUCUACAAAGGCAUCUUAUCUGAUCAACAUGUGGUAG